UCACACAUUUUGAUCUUCUCAAUCUUGGAGCUUGGUUUCGGGAAGGAGGCGGGCUCUUAGGUCAAACGCGAUAUUUCCAUGGUCAAAUGCCGCGGUUUCGGAGAUUAUACUGUAAUGCUUAAAACGUGGAUUUGUACAGUGACGUUAGUCAUGCUGUCGUUUAUUUUCUGAGCGGUUGUGUACAUAGAGAGCUUUACAAACUUCAAUACUGGACUGACCCACUGUGUGAUGGUGUAAUGUUAUACAUCGUCCUUUAGUCUCGAAAUUCAUCAAUUAAUUGUAGGCUAGGUUGCACUCUCAAUGUGGAGGUUGCUUUCCAUAUUCUCGUCAACAAACUCUGGUCAACAAACACAGACAAAGAUGCUGUGAUCAUAGUGACAAGGAGGAACUACUAGAGACAAGGAGAGGGAGGGAGGAGGUCACCAUGAAAGGCUUGAGUGGCUCCAGAUGCUGCUUCUACAUGGGUUUCUUAGUGGGAACCCUGAGCCUGUACUUCCUGCGCCAGGUGUGGUUCGAGAUGAGCAUGGAGCCCGAUGUGCUGGGAGAGGGCCAGGACAGCUCAGUCGCAGCGUUGUCGAAGACGAGACAGGCUAGUGACAGUAAUAACUGGAGGAUGGAAGGACCAACCCUCAUCAACCUCAACCAUCCACACCACAUAGGUGAGGACAGUAGCGUGGCAGAUGAGCUGUACCGGAAGGUGCGCAUCCUGUGCUGGGUGAUGACUGGUCCCAGUAACCUGCAGACCAAGGCCCGCCAUGUAAAGGCCACCUGGAGCCGCCACUGCAACGUCGUGGUCUUCAUGAGCUCUAUCGACGACCCAGACUUCCCCACAGUGGGGCUCGGCACGGGGGAGGGCCGCGACCAGCUUUACUGGAAGACCAUCCGGGCCUUCCAUUACGCCCUGGAGCAUCAUGGGAAUGAUGCCGACUGGUUCCUCAAGGCGGACGACGACACCUUCGUAGUGGUGGACAACCUCCGCUGGGUCCUGUCCAAUCACACGCCCGAGGAGCCCCUCUACUUUGGCAAGCGCUUCAAGCCCUACGCAAAGCAGGGGUACAUGAGUGGCGGAGCAGGAUAUGUGUUGAGUAAAGAAGCUCUCAGGAGGUUUGUGGAGGGGUUCAAGACCAAGGUGUGUACCCAUACCACCUCUGUGGAGGACUUGGCUCUGGGACAGUGUCUGGAGAAGAUGGGUGUUCUGGCUAUGGACUCGAGGGAUACCCUUCAACGGGAGACGUUUCAUCCGUUUGUUCCCGAGCAUCAUCUGACAGGGAAGUUCUCCAAGAGCUUCUGGUACUGGAGCUACUGCUACUACCCCAUCGUAGAGGGUCCCCAGUGCUGCUCAGACCUGGCAGUAUCCUUUCACUAUGUGGAUGCAGAGCUGAUGUACACACUGGAAUACUGGACCUACCACCUCCGUGCCUACGGCUACAGGUACCGCUACAGACCUCCACUAUCCCAGGGCCUGGUGGAGCGGCAGGCCCAGACAGAAAGGCCUGCAGUGGGUACAGCUGGAAGAGGGAGAACCCCAGCUGGUAUUACUGUUGGUGGUGAUGGAGACCAGUCCAAAGCCGAGUCCGGGGCAAAGCCUUUGUCAGACAAAGGUGGGAAGGAGACAUUGGGUAAAAUCCCCAUUGACAACAACAGGACUGCAGUCACACACGAGAGACAAGAGUGAUUCUCUCUGUAUGGGUUUACAUGUGUUUUUGGAACGGGAAUGUGUAGUGUAUGGACCAGGAUGGGGCAAUUCCACUUAAAUUCAGUCAAUUUAAGUUUACUUCCUGAAUUGACUAAAUUGAAGUGGAAUUGACACAUGAAUAAUGAAAAAAUGAUUACCCACAUAGUGCUCUUAUGGCCAGUUCCACCACAGUGCAGGUUUAAUUGAUUAUGGGGAUUUUAUAUAUAUAUAUUUGUCUUUUAAGUGAGUCCAUAUACUGUAAAUCAUUUAACUUGAAAGUCUUAACUGUUUUUAUUUGAUACAGUGCCUUGCGAAAGUAUUCGGCCCCUUGAACUUUACGACCUUUUGCCACAUUUCAGGCUUCAAACAUAAAGAUAUAAAAUUGUAUUUUUUUUGUGACGAAUCAACAACAAGUGGGACACAAUCAUGAAGUGGAACGACAUUUAUUGGAUAUUUCAAACUUUUUUAACAAAUCAAAAACUGAAAAAUUGGGCGUGCAAAAUUAUUCAGCCCCCUUAAGUUAAUACUUUGUAGCGCCACCUUUUGCUGCGAUUACAGCUGUAAGUCGCUUGGGGUAUGUCUCUAUCAGUUUUUGCACAUCGAGAGACUGAAAUUUUUUCCCAUUCCUCCUUGCAAAACAGCUCGAGCUCAGUGAGGUUGGAUGGAGAGCAUUUGUGAACAGCAGUUUUCAGUUCUUUCCACAGAUUCUCGAUUGGAUUCAGGUCUGGACUUUGACUUGGCCAUUCUAACACCUGGAUAUGUUUAUUUUUGAACCAUUCCAUUGUAGAUUUUGCUUUAUGUUUUGGAUCAUUGUCUUGUUGGAAGACAAAUCUCCGUCCCAGUCUCAGGUCUUUUGCAGACUCCAUCAGGUUUUCUUCCAGAAUGUUCCUGUAUUUGGCUCCAUCCAUCUUCCCAUCAAUUUUAACCAUCUUCCCUGUCCCUGCUGAAGAAAAGCAGGCCCAAACCAUGAUGCUGCCACCACCAUGUUUGACAGUGGAGAUGGUGUGUUCAGGGUGAUGAGCUGUGUUGCUUUUACGCCAAACAUAACGUUUUGCAUUGUUGCCAAAACGUUCAAUUUUGGUUUCAUCUGACCAGAGCACCUUCUUCCACAUGUUUGGUGUGUCUCCCAGGUGGCUUGUGACAAACUUUAAAUGAUUCUUUUUAUGGAUAUCUUUAAGAAAUGGCUUUCUUCUUGCCACUCUUCCAUAAAGGCCAGAUUUGUGUAAUAUACGACUGAUUGUUGUCCUAUGGACAGAGUCUCCCACCUCAGCUGUAGAUCUCUGCAGUUCAUCCAGAGUGAUCAUGGGCCUCUUGGCUGCAUCUCUGAUCAGUCUUCUCCUUGUAUGAGCUGAAAGUUUAGAUGGACGGCCAGGUCUUGGUAGAUUUGCAGUGGUCUGAUACUCCUUAAAUUUCAAUAUUAUCGCUUGCACAGUGCUCCUUGGGAUGUUUAAAGCUUGGGAAAUCUUUUUGUAUCCAAAUCCGGCUUUAAACUUCUUCACAACAGUAUCUCGGACCUGCCUGGUGUGUUCCUUGUUCUUCAUGAUGCUCUCUGCGCUUUUAACGGACCUCGUGAGACUAUCACAGUGCAGGUGCAUUUAUACGGAGACUUAAUUACACACAGGUGGAUUGUAUUUAUCAUCAUUAGUCAUUUAGGUCAACAUUGGAUCAUUCAGAGAUCCUCACUGAACUUCUGGAGAGAGUUUGCUGCACUGAAAGUAAAGGGGCUGAAUAAUUUUGCACGCCCAAUUUUUCAGUUUUUGAUUUGUUAAAAAAGUUUGAAAUUUCCAAUAAAUGUCAUCCACUUCAUGAUUGUGUCCCACUUGUUGUUGAUUCUUCACAAAAAAAUACAGUUUUAUAUCUUUAUGUUUGUAGCCUGAAAUGUGGCAAAAGGUCGCAAAGUUCAAGGGGGCCGAAUACUUUCGCAAGGCACUGUAUCUGUUGCGAUUUAAUAUGAUGUUCUGUUUGAAUUGAAAUGGUAUGCAAGUUACUUACCAUUCAUCUAUAUCCAGUACUUGACAGCUUAUUAGGUGUUACACAUGCCUCUUUCGUUACGCUUGAUAACGUGGUACAAUAGACUGUGAUGCCCUUUGGAAUGUGUAAUGCACCUGUUACUUAUAAGGUUUAAAACGUGCAUUGUAUUUGAGGUUUAAAAAGGGUUUUGAAGUUUUUAAUUUCCACUUUGAAAGUUCAGACUUGAUUUUCCCUUACGAAAGAAUGUAUCAACCCCAACAAAAAAGUCCCAUUAAUUAUAAUCCACAUAAUAAUUCAUAUUUCUUGUUACUACAGGAUUAUUUUCUUGCUGUAGCAAACUGGCUCAUUUAAAUCCUACAUCUGUAGAUGCUUUGAAUGGCAUGAAGAUUGUAAAAUGGUUGAUAUGGUUGGAAUGACUUGGCUUUUCUUAACGGUGGUUUUUAAGCUGUUUACCUUGUUCUCUGGUUUUGUUGUCUUUUUGGGAGGUCGAAGAGAAGAUUUCGAAAAUCUACCUUAAUUUUCUACAUGAAACAUUGACCUGUAUGUUUUUCAGCUGGAAUGAAAUAAGCUAUUUAGGGUGGGAUUCAAUCCGAUUGGCGGUUAUUGGCAUUGCGGCUUUUAAAGGCCAUUUUGUUUACCGUGAAUAUGGGAUCUCUGCGAAAGCGGCAACAUUACCUUUGAAAGCCACAAUGCCUAUAACCCAUGAUUGUAUUGAAUCCCAGCCUUAGUAUACAUCAUAUUACCUUUUGUACUGUAUACUCUACCAGUAUAGUUGGUGGCAGCUGUGGGAUCCUGUAUUUUCAUAGUCUCUCUUUCCAUUUGAUAAGAUAUUACCGUUGUGAUAUGACAAGAAGUACAAAGAUGGGUUAAAUUAAUAUUUUAAUUUACAACAACAAAAAUGUGUUUUAUCGUGAACUUUUGGGGAAAAAGAACCAACUAUGUUAAGGAAAUAGAUCAUAUGAGAUGUGACUGAUUUUUUUGCGUGACAAUACAUGUUAUAUACAAACUGUAUAGUUAUUAGUUACGAUGACAACCCAUCUGGAACGUUACAGUAAUAUGUUGGUUUGGUCAGUUUAAAUUCCAUUGACGUUUUCAGAAUACUUUCUUUUGUAAAAUAUAUCGUUGCUCUUCUGUAUUGUAUAAUAAUAUCUCCAAUCUUCUGAAAAGGGGUGUUGCCUUAGCUGGAUGGUAGAGAUGGGUCCAGAUGAAUGUCUUGUCUAUAACCCACGACGAAACCUGGAUCAAAACCGGAACAGUGGAUGUACAGUAUGAUACAUUUAUAAUCAAUAAAGGUUCAUAAAUGUGUUUUUAAAAUAGUAUUAUAGUUUAAUUCCACAUGAAAUAUGAAGCACUUGAUUUCUUAUUCAAUGUAUUAUGGUACAUAGAGAGCUGAACUAAAGCUGUUCAUUUGAGUGGAGGCCUACAGAGAAUUGUCCUGCACAGCAGGAAAUGCAAACUUGUAGUAUAUUUUGAGUUUUAAAAAAGGCUUCAAAAGUUUGUAAUUUACACUUCAGAAAUUUCAGAUUUGAUUUGCUAACUAAAAAUGUAUCAACCCCUACAAAAAUGUCCAUUAGUUUUAAUCCACAUAAUUCACAUUUCUUGUUGCUGCAGGAUUAUUUUCUUGCUGUAGCAAUCUGUCUCAAAUUAAGAUCCUACAUCUGUAGAUGCUUUUGAUAUCAUGAUGAUUGUAAAAUGGUUGAUAUGGCAGGAAUGACUUGGCUUCUUAAUGAUUGUUUUUUAAGCCAAGCAAACUGGCUCAAAUUAAGAUCAUGCAUUUGUAAUUAACACGUGAAUGGAAAACAGUAUCUAAUGCAUGCAGUCUACUGAGUGACAUGGGAGAGAAGAUGCCUUACACACUCACUCACCUCAGUCUGCACUUGUUAAAGAAUAGGCCUCCUUUUCUUGUUUCUGGGUACACCUCCUUCCUCAAAGGACGCAUGUUACCUGUAAGACAGAGCCCACACUGAGUGACUUAGCUGAAAAGAUACUGUACAUUUUCUCCAUCGUACAUUGGAUUACUAUAGAGGUAUAGAUACCGUACACUAAUUAAUAUGAUCAUGUAUGCCUCUUAGCCAAAGCUUUUAUCCAAAGUGACUUAAAAUACAGUAUGAUCCCUGUAGGAAUUGAAUCGAUGGCCUUGGUGUUACUAGCACCUCACUCUUAUCAACUGAGCCACACAAGCUGAGUUGCAGAGGAUCAUUAUAUAGACUAUAUUCUCAUGUAUGUGUAGCGGAUUUGAUGGACUAUGUCUAUUUAUGUCUGUUUAUCGGUCACAGGGUUAUAUUUUUUAACAAAAUUCAAUGUAGCAAACAAGCUAGUGAGCCAGGCCAGCUAGCUAUCGAGAGGGGCUGCUCGUGCCCUGGGGAAUGAGUGUCCAUAUCCAAGUAACUAUUUUCUAAUGUAUAUUACAGUGAAUGUAUUGGAUGGUUUAUUUGUUCAACAGGAGAGUAAUGUCAUCUCAUGGUUCAGGGGGACGCAGAACGUAGUUGGGCUGUUAUUACAGUAAUACUCUGUCGUGGUUCUAUCAUCAGACUUUUGAACGGUUUGUCUCUUGCUGAUGUGGUCAUCAUAAAAUGGAGCCGUUUGCUAUACAAGACUGGGAGACUGAAAGUUAGUGUGUUCAUGGAGGAGACUGAAAUACUGAAUGGUGUUUUGUUUCAUUGGGUAAUGUCAAUUCUAUUUUUGUUAUUUUGUGAAAUUCAAUCUGAGAUGAACUUCCUAUUUAGGUCAACUUGAUGAAAAAAUGAAUAUUCAUAACUUUUGAUUGAUUAUUAAAAUGGAGUCACUUGAUAAAGUUGAAA